AUGCUCUGUCAAUCAUUGAGGUUUCGUAAUCCAGGUUCAUCGCCUCCCGAGGCACCUCACACCUUCGGCGAUCCUCGAGGGCCGCCUGGUCUGUCAGCACUGCGGUAUAGGGAGGGUAAUAUGGCGCACAGGCACGAGCGGAGCAGAGAGCGACGCCAGAACGAGCUGCCAUACAUCCUGACCAACGGAGGAGGCGAAGGCUCUGGACCUUGGACGCAGUGGUCUGAUCCAGCACCCUGCUCGAGGACUUGUGGUGGAGGUGUCACCUACCAGGAGAGGCAGUGCAGGUAG